UCAAGAGUAGUUAGUUGCGCGUGCGCCGCGUAGGAGGUGAGCGGUCCGCUUGCGGCUGGCGUUUUAAAUAAAUGAUGUGAUUUUAAUUCAUUCUGUCACAUCAGAUGGUACAGAGAACACCGUAUCACCACGCAGUUAGCAAACAUGGAAUGUUAUACAUCGGAUAGUUGUGACAGUGACACCAGGGAGCAGAAAACACUCGAUUUGUCGAGCCAACUGUUGGAAACGCUCAGCCUAUCGUCGGAACUAAAAGGCAUUGUUGACGAGAAGGAUUGCGCAGAAAACUACGAGAUCAUUCUCCUCUACAACAACAGGAUAAAGGCCUUACCUGAGACGAUAAACAGGUUUAGCAACUUGAAAAUAUUGGAUGUGAGCAACAACAGGCUAACCGUACUCCCCGAUAUCUUUAAACAUUGUCAGCUAACGUCGCUGAUAGCGAAACACAAUCAACUCACUAAUGAAUCACUUCCCAAAUCGUUUUUUAGCAAUAAGAGUUCACUAAGAGAGCUUAAUUUGAGCGGAAAUCAGUUGAACUUCUUUCCUGAACAAGUUCUAGAGUUAACAUCUUUGAGAUAUCUUUACUUAGGCGGUAACAACAUAGUCAACAUACCAAAGGAUAUAUGGAAACUGAGCAGUUUACAGAUUCUAUCUUUAGGAGGCAACCAAAUCCUCGAAGUUCCAGAAACAGUUGGUCAUUUGACUGGCCUACAGGCUUUAGUUUUGAGCGACAACUUAUUAGAACAACUACCAGCAAGCAUAGCAAAUUUGAAUCAACUUCGUUCUUUGUUAAUCCACAAGAACCGGUUGAAGACUUUGCCCACUCAAAUAAUCAAACUAAAAUGUUUAACAGAGCUUAGUCUUCGUGACAACCCUCUUGUGGUACGUUUCGUACGCGACAUGACCUUGCAACCACCAUCCUUAUUAGAACUAGCAGGUCGGACUAUCAAGCUUCAUGAGAUUCCUAUCAGGGCUGGGGAAGUGCCAUUCACCUUGAUGAGAUAUCUUGGCGCAGCUCAAUGUUGCGUUAAUCCAAAAUGCAAAGGUGUCUUUUUCGAUAACCGUGUCGAGCAUAUCAAAUUCGUCGACUUUUGUGGCAAAUACCGGAUUCCCUUGUUGCAAUAUCUGUGCAGCUCGAAAUGCAUAACUGGAAGUUGGGAGAGCCGUGAAGUAGACAGUAACCCCCACCCUCACAUGAUGAGAAAGGUUCUUCUCGGAUAAGUAUAAAACAGCUUGGCUUUUUAAAUGUUUCAAUACCUAAACAUUCCACACUAUAUUAUUCUUAUUUUAUAGUACAAUCUAAGAGCAUGAAAACGAACAAAAUAAUAUGACUUGUUAUUGUAAAAUAUUAUACAGAUAAAAAGUUCUUUGUUUAUUGUUUUGCAUAAAACUUCAGCAGAUACGUAGAUAGGAUUUAGUAAAAUAUUGACUUUAAAAAUCAUGUAAUCACUGGUUACAAUAAUACCUAAGAGAAGUGUUUUGUUAUUGUUUGUUAUUAUAUAUUCAUUUUAAAAGUUGUUAUGUAUAAUAAAUUGUCUAAGUCACUAUAUCCAAAGUUUAAUAAUUGAUGAAACAACAAGUAGUAUUUAAUGAGUUUUGAUAAUAUUACAUAUAUUGAAGUGUUACAGUAAAUUUGGUAUAAUAAAAUUAAAUAUUGGAAUCAAGAUUAUUACUUUGUUAUCUUUAUCUUUAGGUACUUGCAUGUGCCCCUAUGUGAUAUUUUAUUAAUCAUUUAUAAUAAAAUACAUUUUAUUUCAAA